AUGGUACGCCGCUCGCCCGGCACCAUUCGUGGCACUCCGCUCGUCCGGUAUAAGUACGCCGCUCACCCGGCUCGGUCACUGCGCGCCGCUCGUCCGCUAUUA